AUGGGCGAGCUUGGCUCAGGCGAUGUUCAAGAGCCGAUAAGGUCCACUAAGCAACCGCCACCCCCUACACCCACCGAUAAUUUUCUAACAGUAAGUUUCAGCCUUAAAAAAAUACAACUCAAUAACAAUCAAAACUUCGAAUAUUUCUAAAUAUAAAAAAAUUAUUUCCAAAUUGUUUCAGUCAAUGGGAUGUACCGUUUAAUGAAACAAGUUUCAUUUUUAUGCAUGAAAAAAAUCAAGAAAAUUUUUCAAUCUCAGUUUUUAAUAUAUUUUUUUCAAUAAGUCAGCUAUUUAUUUGCAGAGAAUGAUGAAUCUCGAAGUUCAAAAAAACUAAAAGAUUACACGCAGCAAGGAUGCAGGAGAAUCUUCAAUUCCAUUCCGGCGUUCCUGCCUUUGGUAUGUCAAAAAAAGUUUGAAUCAUAAAAAGUGAGAAAAAGAGCAAAUUGGCAAAAGUCUGUCAUGUAAAAAAUGAAAAUGGAAGUAUUUAUGGUCCGAUUUGACAUUUUUGAUUUUUAAUAAAAAAAUUUGGCGGAUAAGUACUUCUAAGCUUUUUUUCGCUUUUUGAUUUUUGUUUCCGACCUACUAGGGUCAAAAGUUUGCCAUACACAAAAAAAUAAAGAAAAAAAGUUGUUUGAAGCUUUUAAAGCGUAAUAUUCCAAAUGUAAGAUCCGUCGUGAGAAAUUUCUUAUUUUGUUGCGUCGGGAAGUUCUGAAAUAUUUUUAAAUCAUUAUUUCGAAAGGAGGAUGUCAAUUCUUUUUCUCCCAAACCGUUUUGAAUUAUAAUCAACGAAAAAUAUUUUUUUACUUCGUAGUUCAUAAUUUCAAGAGACAAUCGAGGUUUCAGAAUGGAACUGAAGCCGUCAAUGCUUCGCCUUGGCAGCAAAUGCUUGGAUUUUCAUUAUUUCAAGAUUCAGCGGAGGUAUACUUUUUCAUUUUUCUCACGGGGAAUAGUCGAAAAAAAAUUCCGUAUUCUAAUUAAAUUAGAAUUUUUUUAAGCUUUUUCUCUAAAAGUCUAUAACAAAUUCAAAAAAACACUUUUUAAAAAAACAGAGAACGUUUUACUGAAAGCCCGAUUGAAAUGAAUGAUAACAUAAAGAAUAAUGUUGAUUUUUUUCAGAGCAACGAGCAGCGAAGGGAGAGGACUCGACAAAAUCCCCCAAAUCAAGCACCUGCUUUAUUUCCUCAACCAAUCGAGGUCUGAUAUAUCUGUUAAAAAAAUACUGUUUGAUAUAAUGUUUAAUAGUCUUGGUGAAUAAUUUCUACGAUUUUGAAUUGUUUAGUUCCGAUAACCUCAACUGAAAUAAGGUGUCAUUCUGAAGGUUUUAACUCUAAGUAUAAUCCUAAAUUUUACCCACACUAUGUGCUAUAGAAGCCAAAAUGAUGUACUCAAUUUUCAACACGAAAAUGAUUGGCUGAAGUAAAAAAAAGUCAUAAAGAACAAUAAUUUGCAAGAAUCUGUGAAGUACGAAAAAGUUAUGCUAAGCAGUUCGAAAUGCUCAGUUUACAGGGACAAGCAAGAGGUCCACUCGGCUUUGGACGUGCAGAACUUCCUCGAGAAAAUCGCGGUCGGCAAGUGGGGCCUGUUUUUUUUCUACCAUUCAAAAAGAAAUCAUACGAUUUUACGAAAGAAAAAAAAAGAAUUUUUGUAUUUAGCUCAAUUUUUUUCAGAACGUGGUAUAUCAAAAUCGAUUUUAUUCUGUCGUCGAAAUGCGAAACGACAAUCCUCAGAAUUUUUCUUCCUCCUGUAGGUGUUAGUUUUUCUUUUUUUGUUAUGAAACGUAAAAAAAUACAGGUAAUCGAGAAUUUUUUUAUGCUGAGAUUUCAAAACUUAUUAUUCUUCUCAGUUAAGUUACAUUUUACACCAAAAAAAUAAUAGGUCUAAAAACAAUUAUUGCUGAAUAGUUCUCGGAAGGUUCCAUAUCAAUCGUAUUUCGAUUUCAAUUGAUGGGCGGAUGACUUGUUCAGUGUCAUUCUAAAAAUUUCGACUAUAAAUCAAGUUGAAAAACCCAGUUUUCUACACUAUCUGAAACAGAUAUUUGACCAAAAUAUUGAAAAAAUCAGAAAUUAAUUUCAAGCGGUCUAAAAUGCUCUGUUAAAGGGUACAAGAAAAAGGUCCCUUCGGUUUCGGGGGCCGUGGAAAACUUCUUCAAGUAAAUAACGGUUUGCAAGUUGGGCCUGUUUUUUUCCUACCAAUCAGAAGAAAUCAUAAGAUUUCCAGAAAGAUUUCCCAUAAAUACAAAUUUCCAAUUUGUCUUGCAAACUUUUUGAAGCCCUUUUUGUAAUUAAAUAAAAGACUUUUUUGUAAUUAGCUCAAUUUUUUCAGAACCAAGUUCGAGCACAUCCAAUGGGUCAAAUGGAGGAUCCUUGGAAUUUGCCCCGUCGUGUGGAUGUUAGUUUCCUUUUUUUUUUGCGGAUCAAGUUGAAACCUUAAUAUUUGACAUCAUGAGGAACAGGUAUGUGAGCCAAAAUGACCGACUUACUUUCAACUUAUUGACGAUUGUACGACUAAUUUUCGCUAAAAUGAAAGCAUUUCAUGAUUAACUGAUUAUUCCGAAAGAAACUUAAAAGUCGGAAAGAUGAAAUUUAAGCAGUUCAAAAGGCUCAGUUCAGUGUGGUUUACAGGAACAAAGAAGAGAUCCGUCGUCAUAUGGUCGUCGAGGAGCUUCACGAAAUAAUAUCAGUCUCGUCAGGCUCUUUUUUUUUCCUACCAAACGAAAUUAUCAGAUUCUCAAAAAGAUGAUAGACUCAGAAAAUAAACUUCGAAUUUUCUUGAAAAUAUUAUUGAAAUUAGUUUGAUUUUUUUUUUCAGAUUUAUGAAACAACAGUUUAUGCGGUUCGCCAUCAUCGAAAAUGAAGACCUGCAAAUUUUUCCGUCGACCUGUAGAAGUUAGUUUUUAUUAUUCAUUUUGAAAAAUUCGAAAUUCUCUGAAACUGAUAAACGGAUGACUUGUACAGCGUCCUCCGAAAAUAUCUUCUGAUUUUCACUCGAAGCUCCGAAGCGUUGUUUGAAUUUUGACAAUCUUGGAACGCUCAUUUUUCUCUACUUUUCAAAAAACCUUUGAUUUCAAGGGUCCACGUCAAGCUCACCAGUCUUUCGACUUUGGCCGGAACGAACGACCUCAGGCUGUCGGCUUUCCCGGGGUCAGUAAAACUGCAAAUAGAUUCAAAUUUGGCAUGUUUUCGUGAUCAGACCAUCAUAUUUUCAGUUCUCAACCUUUACAAACUAAUGCUUUACUCUUCCUUUUUUUUCUAUUCUUUCUACUUUUCAAAAAGUCUUUGAUUUCAAGAGGCGACAUCAGGCUCACCAGUCUUUCGACUUUGGCCGAAACGAAGGACCACCGGCUUUCGGCUUUUCCGAGGUCAGUAAAACUGCAAAUAAAUUCAAAUUUGACAUGUUUCCGUGAUCAGACCAUCAUAUUCUCAUUUCUCAAUUAUUAAAAACUAACGCUUUACUCUUCCUUUUUUUUCUAUUUUUUCUACUUUUCAAAAAGUCUUUGAUUUCAAGAGACGACAUCAGGCUCACCAGUCUUUCGACUCCGGCCGAAACGAAGGACCUCAGGCUUCCGACUUUUCCGGGGUCAGUAAAACUGCAAAUAGAUUCAAAUUUGACAUGUUUCCGUGAUCAGACCAUCAUAUUCUCAUUUCUCAAUUAUUAAAAACUAACGCUUUACUCUUCCUUUUUUUUCUAUUUUUUCUACUUUUCAAAAAGUCUUUGAUUUCAAGAGACGACAUCAGGCUCACCAGUCUUUCGACUCCGGCCGAAACGAAGGACCUCAGGCUUCCGACUUUUCCGGGGUCAGUAAAGUUUUCGCUGCAAUUAGAUUCAAAUUCGACAUGUUUUCAUAGUCAGACCAUCAUAUUUUCAGCUCUCAACCUUUAUAAACUGAUGCUUUACUCUUCAUUAAUUAAUAUUUUCUCCAUCAGUAAACUAUUUUUAGCGACUUUUCAAGGGUCUGUCCAAUCACUUUUCCGUUGAAGAAGAAAAUGGUGAACGGUUGAGAUUUUCAGUUUUUUUUGAACAAAAUCUGGUGAAAACUUUAAAAAUUCCGUUUUCCUAACGAACAUAAACAUGGUCGAAAAAAGAAACAAAAUUCAAAAAAUGAAUAGAUUCGUCUUUCAGAACGCCAACAACAUGACUGUGAACAGUUCGCAGCGCCAGAGACUCGUUGCGCAAGUCGCUCCACAAGGAUUUUCGAAUCAUGGACAGCGUUUGAACGUCACUCUUGUAAGUCUCAAUUAAGAAAUAAGUUCUUUUAGGUAUAGGUAAGCAGAUUAGACGAAAAUUGAAGAGACGACGCUGUUUUUCAUUUUCUUUUUGACCCUACUGGAAGAAGACAUGAAAAAGUUCUGUUGAUCUACCCAACAUGGAGAGACUGAAAAACAACACAAAUAACAGCAGUUUGAUAGUUUCAAAAAUUUAACUUUUGCUUCAUUCCCCUCUCUCCCACGCAUUUCUCCUUCUACUGGUGGUAUCCUAAAAAAAAUCUCCCCGGAUUAGAUAAAAAAAAAUUUUUUUCUCAAAACUUCUUUUUUUCUUCUAGGACACCCACGAAAGAACGGUGUUCAACCGUGAGCGUGAUCCGCCAGUGGCUCAAGUCCGACCGCAGCAGCGUCCGUCUUUCAAUUACGAGGUUGAAAAAAAUUAAUAAAUUAUAUCUGAGGGUUCUCAAUGACCAGUAAAAAUUAAGCUAUAAGUUUUUUAAUCAACUUAUGACUUCUAAAAAUGAAAGAAAAAAAAUUUUUUUGGCUCUUCAAGAUUUCUGCUGUAAUAAAACUAAAAAGUGCUGUUUUUCAGACAUAGUAGAAUCAUUUUUUUUCUAAAAUAGGCCCAGCGUUUAAUGUAAAAUGCCGUGAACUGAUUGACUCAUCAAAUAAUGAACUGUUCCAGGGAGCAUUCAAUAGAAGGCGCCAUGAACAAGGACCGAGACGCUAA